UUUGUCAAACUCUGGCAACCCUACCAACUGCAUAACUAGGGAAGAGCCGCCGACAGUAUGAGAUUUUAACAGGUGAACAAUAUUAGCAACAUUGUUUCCGUGCGGUUGAAAUAUGCGUCAUUUUGUUGAAAUCUGUUUUUAAACUGAGCUUCGGGAUUAUCCUUUGUAAAGGACUGUAGAGAGAAGCAGCUUCAUUUACAUUUUCUUUCUCGUACUGAAGAACGUCGGAGUUGUCUAGGCACCCGCGCAUCUUUCCGGAGACGCUGUUUGGCUUGUUGCUGGAGCUUAUUUUGUAAAACUGAUGUUGCAUCGUAAAACAAAUUAAAAUUAAUACACCUUUUUUGUGGUCUUUAGGACGGAUAUUGUGAGAUGAUUUCGCAUUAAAAACGAGUGGAUCAUGCCUAGGGGACUCGAGGGAUAAAAUGAAAACGUAAGAUUCAUCUAAGCGAUAUCAGUGGGAAUACUGCUUUAUCAUACAGUAGCCUGACAAUUCUGAUGUUUUUUUCUGAAAAGGAAUCCGUCGCUUUAGGUUAAUAAAUGCUAUACGUACUGGGAUCUUUCUAAAAAGCAAAAUGCUGCUACUUGUUUUCCCGUUUUUCUUCAUGCCGAGUUCGUUUUGUAACUCGGAUUCCGAGCGCUCAGCGGAGACCUGCAGCGCGUGCUCCUGCAUGUCCAUCGAGAACGUCCUUUAUGUGAACUGUGAGAACAUUGGUAUGUACAGACCCACCCAGCUGAAGCCACCUUCGUCCAGCCUCUAUCAUCUUAAUUUUCAGAAUAAUCUAUUGGUUAUCCUGUACCCCAAUUCUUUUCUCAAUUUUACACAUGCGGUGUCGCUCCAUUUGGGAAAUAACGAACUGCAAAGCAUCGAGGGAGGGGCCUUUCUCGGACUUGGUGCAUUAAAACAGUUGCACUUAAACAACAAUGAAUUAAAGGAGCUUCGUGCUGACACUUUCUUAGGUAUUGAGAACUUGGAAUACAUCCAAGCUGACUACAAUUUAAUCAAGCUAAUUGAGCGAGGGGCCUUCAAUAAACUGCAUAAGCUAAAGGUGGUCAUCCUGAACGACAAUCUUAUUCAAAGCCUUCCUGAUAAUAUUUUUCGCUUUGCAUCACUUACACAUCUGGAUAUAAGGGGCAACAGGAUACAGACCUUACCUUACAUUGGACUAUUGGAGCACAUUGGAAGAAUUGUAGAACUGCAGCUGGAUGAUAACCCGUGGAAUUGCACCUGUGAUCUGUUACCUCUGAAAGCCUGGCUGGAGAAUAUGCCCUAUAAUAUCUAUAUUGGUGAAGCUAUAUGCGAAGAUCCCAGUGACCUGUAUGGGAGGCUCCUCAAAGAAACCACCAAACAGGAACUAUGUCCACUGGGAACAGGCAGUGACUUUGAAGUCCAGAUGCCUCCUUCUCAGCCAGUAAAUGGGCAAAUGAAUGUUGAACCAACGAUGAUACCGCCCCUGUUUACCAAAGCGCCCAAAGCAACACACCCUUCCAAAAUAUCAGGCUUCUUUAUUGGAAAUACCUUCCCCGGGACUCAGAAUCUCAGCCAAAUUUUGACAUUUCAAACUCGAAUUCCACCAGUGUCACCCUGUCCCCCCCCCUGUACCUGUAAAGCUCACCCCUCUGACUUUGGCAUUAGUGUCAGCUGUCAGGAAAGGAAUAUAGAAAAUCUAGCAGAUCUGACACCCAUGCCCCCUAAUGCGAAGAAAUUGCACCUUAGUGGUAAUUACCUUAGAGUUAUAACUCCCACUGAUUUUCAAGGGGUUGAAGGAUUGGAUUUAUUACAUUUGGGUAGCAAUCAAAUAGUUACAGUUCAGAAAGGAGUGUUUGCUAAUCUGACCAGUCUCCGUAGGCUCUAUUUAAAUGGGAAUCAGUUAGACUAUCUCUAUCCCGAAAUGUUCUUUGGAUUGUCUAAUCUUCAGUAUUUGUACUUAGAAUACAAUUCUAUUAAAGAAAUUUUUGCGGGGACGUUUGACCCCAUGCCAAACCUACAGCUCCUCUAUUUGAACAAUAACGUACUGAGAAGUCUGCCAGCUUAUAUAUUUGCUAGGGUUCCUCUGACCAGACUGAACCUAAAGAAUAAUCAUUUCCGCUAUCUUCCCGUGAGUGGUGUUCUAGACCAGCUCGCAUCUAUCACUCAGAUUGACUUGGAAGGUAAUCCCUGGGAUUGUACUUGUGAUUUAGUAGCUUUGAAACUGUGGUUGGAGAAGCUGAAGGAGGGUGUAACUGCUAAAGAUGUAAAGUGUGUUUCCCCUGUGCAGUUUUCUAACAUAGAACUCCGGUUGUUAAAAAACGAAAUUUUAUGCCCCAGACUUAUUGGGAAGCCGCCCAUGAUUUUGAUUGACCCGGUUCUUACCUCCACCCCCCCUGUAGGCAGGGCGUCUCCUGGCGGACCAGUCCCCUUUUCCAUCAUGAUCCUGAGUAUCCUAGUGGUACUGAUACUCACAGUCUUUCUUGCAUUUUGCCUUUUCCUCUUCGUGCUGAAAUGUGCAAAGAAACCUGCCAGAGGGCAUGAAGGGUUUGGGAACCAGGAAUGUGGCUCCAUACAACUGCAGCUUAGAAAACAAGACCACAAAUCGAAUAAGAAGGAUCACCUUGGCGAGGAAACCUUUAUCCCCCAAACCUAUGAAAACAUAGGCUCAAGUCAUACUUGUGGACUAAGGGACUCUGAUUUAACAUAUGCUGACUCUCAAAGACUGUUUUACAGAAAUCCUGCUGAUGAUGAUAUGGAUAUAUUGGACCCCAGACAGACAGCACUAAGCACCAUUGAUGAUAUGGACAAAUACCUACCAGGAACAGAAUCCAAUAUCUUCUUUCAGGACUUUUUGAAUAACAGCUUAGGGAUGAGUGGCUUUGAGGUCAGAUAUCCUGAGAAGCCACAAGAUAAAAAAAAAUCUCUAAUUGGGGGCUCCCACAGUAAGCUGAUAGCUGACCAGCGAAAAAGUGACUUCUUCGAACUUAAAUCAAAGCUACAUGGUACACCUGACUACCUUCAAGUGCUAGAAGAGCACACCGCUCUUAGCAGAAUGUAGACCACGCAUUUUUUUUCCCAUGACAAAAGUGCCUUCUCAAAAAUAAAAUUUACAUUUAUUCUCAAAACAUGUCAUUAACAUAAUUAUUCUAUAGAAAACAUGCCAUAGCCACAUACUGUAAUCUGGACUUUCUUAAACUUCGAUGUUGCUGUAUAGUAAAUGCAGCUUUUUCUAAACUAGCUGAUGGCACUGUAAAAUGAACGUCAUGCAUCUUGUUCUUUGAGAUUUAAGCUUUCACACACUGCUUAAAAAAACGAAUCGCUGCUACUGAACUUGGAAUUUCUUUUCAAACCGGAUUAUUGUUGUAAUGACUGUACCUCAUGUUCGCCCCGAAAAAGAAUCUUUUUACACCUGAAUAUUCGGCAUCUGCUGUACAGUUGGUAAUAGCUUGUCAUUGCUGGAGUUUGUGCAAAUUCUCUAUUCGCAGAAACUGAAACACUUGUAUAAACUGAAUACCAGUAGAUCUGUUUGUUUUAAUUUGAAUAAUCAUUUAUAUAUUUAUGUGAAGAAUCAUGUUAGUUUUGUUGUAAUUAACAUGGUUUCUCUUUAAAUAUUUGAACAUUAUACAAUCUUCAAGGCUCUGACGGCCAGAAUGAUGUUGCUUGCUAUGUAAGCAUACUUGGAUUUAUUUUGUAAUUCAACAGUAUUUGUAUAUGUGAAAUAGUUUGUAAAAAUUCACACUCAGAACAAGAAAACACUGGUCAAAAAAUGGAGAAAAAAUUGCCAUUGUCAGUCCAUUGUACAUUCAACUUCAUAUUUUUCUAUAGAGGUUAUUCAUAGACUUGGUAAUAUAAAGGUAAAUAUUAUUGUAUAUUCAGAAUCCUUGUUAUAACUGUCAAAAAAUUUAAUUGCUCUACUAACCAGACUUGAAAAUUUCUGUUGUGGUUCUUGAUUUUUCUCUUAAAAUGGCUCCACAUUAGAAGAAUGUUAUAUAUCAUUUGUAUUCAUAAUUUAAUUCAUCUUAUAUAUAAUUCACCUUUAAUUCUGUUGUACAAGUUAAGAAUGAUGUAUAUCAUACCUUUAACAAGUUGGUUAUUAUUAUUUUUUUGGAUUUCACAUUAAUACACAAUGAAUUGAUUUUGCAUUAAAUGAUGGAUUAAAUGACUGUUUCAAUGGAAACUUGUGGCACUGUGUAUAUGAAGGUCAUCCUCAUUUGGAAAGAAGUAACAAUAAUAAAGAAAUGCUGAGAUUAAGAAACAUAACAAGUUCAAAAGGACAUGAAACCCCAUGUGCAAUAUAAAGCAUACAUUUUUGUUCAGUCCUUUUUAUAUAUUGUCCUCUUCACAAUUUUUUGAUAGAGUUUAGAAAAGCAGAGCAUUGUAAAAUUAGUCAAAGUGAUUUUUCAGGUUCAAUACCAAUGAAUAGACGAAUGUAUAAUAUACUUAA